UUCCUUCGAUUUUCUUCCGCUGCAUGUGACAGUCUUCCUCGCUUUCAUGGCGCGGCACCAGCAGCCCUCUGUUUCGGUGGGCGGCAGCGGCGACCGUUGCUGCCGCUCUUCAAAUCAGACCCGGCAAGUCACUCUUUCCCGUGCCACCAACCAGAGACUAUCCCACCAUCUCACCACCCGAACUUUUCGCGCCAUGCCCCAUGCCUGAUCCCCGAUGUGUGCCUCUCCGCCGUGCGCUCUCCGCCGUGCGCUCUCCGCCGUGCGCCUCUCCGCCAUGCCACUGCCCGCCUCCCCCUCACCGCGCGCUCUUCCCGCCAGACCCCUCUCGGCUUCCCCCUAACUCGCACUAAGCCCCUGCCAACGACCCCUCCCUAGUCGCGGGCUCUUCCCGCAUUGCUCGCUCUCCCCCUAGUCGCGCGCUGUCCGCACCACUCCCCCCCCCGCCAAGUCUUCCGCCAUGCCUCCCUCCGCCUUCCCUUAGCUGCGCACUUCCGCCGCAAUGCAACUCCCCGCUUCCCCCUGGCUGCGCGCCGUCCUGGGACUCUCCGCCGCUCUUGCGCUCGCCUGCCUCUACGCCGCCGUCUCCUCCCCCUCCGCCUCCGUCCUCUCCGCAUUUCUCCCCCGUGGUGGCGCUGCUAGCGGCGCACAGCAGGGCGCUGCAGCGGCGGGUGCAGGAGAUGAGGGCGCGGGCGGAGAGCGAGCAGCGCUGGAUGGACGGCGCUGCCAGGGACGCCCUGCAGUGACGCCCUCCUGUGUCGUUACACCCAUCACCACCACCAUCACCACCACCACCACCACCACCACCACCACCACCACCACCACCACACCACCACCACCACCACCACCACCACCACCACCACCACCACCACCACCACCACCACCACCACCACCACCACCACCACCACCACCACCACCACCACCACCACCACCACCACCACCACCACCACCACCACCACCACCACCACCACCACCACCCACCCGAGCUGCGUUGGCGAGUGUGGAGGAGGCGGUGGGGUCGUGCAUGGACCUCUACUUCCUGGCGGACGCGCAGCAGACGCAGUUCCACAUAGCGUCGCAGCUGCUACAGCAGGCGGACCGGGAGGUGGAGCUGCGGCAGUUCAUGCUGGCGCAGCUGCGCGCCCUGGACGACCGCAGGGAGUGGUGGGCCGUGCUCAACCUCACCGCAGAGGAGGCCAGUGAGAAGCUCAAGACCAUGGCUGACGGGGAAGACAAGACCAAGCUGUCCGACUUCCUCUUCUGGUACCUGCCCUUCCGCUCCUGGUUCGACUCGGAGGGCCCCGACCACCCCAAGGCUGUCGCACACGUGGAGCAGCAGCGCGCUGAGCUGGCAGCCGCCACAUCAGCCGCCAUGGCAGCAGAGGCGACCCUGAACGCCACGCAGGUGCGGCUGUGGGAGGAGUGCGGGCUGCACCUGCCCCACGGCAACUGGACCGAGGAGCAGAGCGCUCUCCUCCAGCGAUACGCCGCUGUUGCCAACGCGUCCGGAUGCACCGAACAGUGCGUGGACUGGGAGGCUAUUUACCCCGAGUACGAGUCAAAACCGGGGCUGGUUGCCCCGAAGCAGGUGUGGCAGAAGCUGCCCGAGCACUACCCGGACCCCAAGGCGAACCUCUCCUUCCUCCUGACUUACACCGGCCGUGCCGACCGUGUAAAACCGCUAGUGCACCGCCUGUACGCGUGCACCAAGGGCAUGCGCGGCGAGGGGGCGCUCCCGGGAAUCCGCGCAGAGCUGUUCGUGAGCGUGGUGGACCCCGACGCGACGCUGGAGGCGUGGAUGCACAUGUGGAACGAGACGGACGAGGGCAUAUUCGUGGUGCCCGUGCUGCCGCGCUUGGGCGCCGACCCCCUGAUGCUGAACGACCUGGCGCGCAUGGCGCGCGGGCGCCUGCUGGUGCUGCUGCACGGGGACGCGCUGCCCCCCGCUGACUGCCGCUGGCUGCAGGACGUGCUGGACGCCUUCGCCGCGUGGCCGCGCCUGGCACUGGCGGGGUACCGCACCGAUGACAUGCCGGUGCGGCGAGUGGACCAGGUGGGGAAGACGGCAGCUGCUGGGGAGAGUGUGCGGUUCUGGAGGGGGUUUGCAGAGGAGCGCGAGAGGGGGGGCGGCGGGAGUGGGGGAGGGAAGGGAGUAGGGGAUGGGGGGAAGGUGGCUUGGAAGGACCCGGAGAGCGGUGUGCCAAUGCACUUCACGGGGCUGGUGACAGGGUACCCGGUGGUGGUGAGGAGGGCGGUGCUGGAGGAGGUGGGGUGGCUGGACGAGGCGGACGACAGGCAGGGGCACACGGCGAUUAUGACUGACUGGCACCUGUGCUCGCGCAUGUGGCUCUCAGGCUACCAGGUGGCGCGCCUGCAGCUGCGCGUGGGCGAGGGGGACCCCGGCGACUUGGCCACGAUCCCGCGAUCGCAGCACCGCCACGCGCUACCAGGGCUGGGCUCGCAUGGUGAGGGGAAUGGCCGGGCGGACUAUGGGGAGUACGAUGCAGCACUUGCGGAGUACCAUGAUGAUAUUGUGAAGGAGGUUGCGAGAUUGAAUUCCUUGUUGCUUCCCAAUGAUUAGCAUCAUCCCUCCAUGGGGCCUUCCAGUCUGCUUUGAGGCACAACUUGAGUAAGGAAUGGCUGCGAUUCACAUGUGAUGAUGCUCCACAGGCACAAAAGCUACGCUUGAAACCCUGAGAAUGAAUGCCUCCCCUAAGCAAGUCAAGGGCAGGAAGACUGGCAAGUCAUCUCAUUACUCAAUGCUGAGAUUACGUCGGUUGGUGUCUUGCCGGCAUUCCUGCCCCUGAUGCUGACUCUGGUGGAGUAGCCACGCUGAAAGGCUCAAUCCCCGCAACCGCUUGUAUCCACCAUGUUAUGAAUGGGACUGCCAAGUAGCACGGAGGGCAAUGGCGAAACUGUGAACGAGUGAAUGACAAUAAAAUGAAAGACAAUAC